GCUCAUCUGGUGAACGUGUUUCAAAGCAACUGUAUGUUCGCCACUUAAACCUGUUACUCUGUAGCCGUUGGUCGGAGACAUGCCAACGAAUGACAGUUGUACGCGCAUUUGUGAUCCCACCUGAGGUAGUUGGAGCAAAUAUCACACCACCACCUUUUCACAGCCUGCAAAACAUCGCGACUGCUUGAGCAUCCUCAUCCACAGCAGCGCUACUCCUUAGCGAACUCUCCGCGACUUUCAAGAUGGGUGGCAGGCUCUCCAUGCCCAAAGGCCCUGAUGGCCUCAGCGAAACUUCUAGGCCAACGUCAGGCCGCCUUCAUAAAAACCGAGGCAUAAUAAAUGGCCGAACUGUAAUGGCCCCUCUAGCUGCCUUUACCAUGGCCGGUCUACUAUUCGUCUAUGCCCGCACGUCGAUACGCGCCGCAAAGCUCAACGCAAAGAAACACAGGGAGGCGGAUGGAGGACAGAUUAGCUGGCAUAAGGAGAGCUUGAGGCGACAUGGGCAGUUAGACAGAAUCGAUGAUGAUCGAGGAAGUUUGAAGGAGGCGCUUCUGGGGGAUUUGGGGGGAAGGCGGAAGAAGGGAUCGGAGGGAGAGAGUGAGAAGGGGAGGACGGAGAGGAGUGGGAAUGAUGAGGAGUUGAGGAGGUUGAUGGGCAAGAAGGACUAGGGGUGAGGCGAGGGUGCAAGCGAGGAGUGUGAUGUAUUUGUGUUGUCCUUAUCGAAUAUGGGGUACAACGACGUUCAAAAGUUGGGUCAGACACAUUUGCCAGUAGUCAACGAUUCAGAGUAGACGCGUACUGGCGUUUCCAUUGUGUUUCAAGGUUCCUACACAGUAAUACAUAAGCUAUCGUAACCAGUCUAGCCAAACUGUGUCAGGAUUACUCAUAACCUGUCGCUUGGAC